UUUCAGCAUUUUGCUAUUGCAAAUUACUGUUCACCAAAAUGUCUCACAUGAGCUCAUCUUUCUCCUCAGAUCGAAUUGCACAGAAUAUCAUUAAAUCUCACUUGGAGACAUGCCAAUAUACAAUGGAGGAGCUACACCAGCUAGCAUGGCAAACCCACACGUAUGAAGAAAUUAAGGUUUACCAGAGCAAGACCAGAGAAGCCCUUUGGCAGCAGUGUGCCAUUCAAAUCACUCAUGCUAUCCAGUAUGUGGUGGAGUUUGCAAAGCGGAUAACAGGUUUCAUGGAGCUCUGCCAGAAUGACCAAAUUCUCCUUCUUAAGUCAGGCUGCUUGGAAGUGGUUUUGGUGAGAAUGUGCCGUGCCUUCAACCCACUCAACAAUACUGUUCUGUUUGAAGGAAAGUAUGGAGGGAUGCAGAUGUUCAAAGCCUUGGCACAAAUUGAAGUGAUACCAUGCAAAAUUUGUGGUGAUAAGUCCUCUGGAAUACAUUAUGGAGUCAUCACAUGUGAAGGCUGCAAGGGAUUCUUUCGAAGAAGUCAGCAGAACAAUGCCUCCUACUCCUGCCCAAGGCAGAGAAACUGUUUAAUUGACAGAACCAACAGAAAUCGUUGCCAACACUGCCGACUGCAGAAAUGUCUUGCCCUGGGAAUGUCUAGAGAUGCUGUGAAAUUUGGAAGAAUGUCCAAAAAGCAGAGGGAUAGCUUGUAUGCUGAAGUGCAGAAGCACCAGCAGCGAUUGCAGGAACAGCGGCAGCAGCAGAGCGGUGAGGCAGAAGCCCUUGCCAGGGUUUACAGCAACAGCAUCAGCAAUGGCUUGGGCAAUCUGAAUAAUGAAACGGGCAGCACCUACUCAAAUGGGCACGUCAUCGACCUGCCAAAGUCUGAAGGUUAUUACAACGUGGAUUCUGCCCAGCCUUCUCCAGAUCAGUCUGGGUUAGACAUGACUGGAAUCAAACAGAUAAAGCAGGAACCUAUCUAUGACCUCACCUCUGUACCAAACUUGUUUACCUAUAGCUCUUUCAACAAUGGGCAGUUAGCUUCGGGGAUAUCCAUGACUGAAAUAGGUGCAGAUAAGAUCCCAGGAGCCAAACUGGCCACGGCACUGAGGCAGUAUCUCUCCCAUGUCAUUUCACUAUUAUGCCUCAAUAAUGACCUUGAAAGACCCUUUUCCUGUGGCCGUUAUAACCUUGGCCUUGCUACUGACAGUGUCAACAGGGGUGCCAAUUAG